AUGAGCGAUGCAGACUCCGACGACUGGGUCGAUUCAUCAGAGGGCUCAGACGACGACAUAGACGACGAGGCGAGCGAUGGAGAUCAUGAGACCAGCACCAGUGAGCAACAGUUCCCGCGCAGGAGCGUGGAUGAAGUGGAGAGCGCUGCGUAA